AAUAAAUACACCAAAUGAUGUUGUCUGUGUGCGCAGUCCCCUAAAAUAAAUAUAUUGACGACUUCUAACGACCAUAAGCUAUCCUUGAUAGUCAGAAAUUAUGUUUUGGAAACCACACACAUUUAACCUUUGAAAAUGUUUUCUAUAAAUAAUGCUUUCUGAUAUUUAAGUAACUAAAUACUUGUGAUUAGGUUAACGUUACUUAUUUUGAUUCAUUUCACACACAAACCGUCACGUCGUCGCCGUCCUAUUUGGAUCAUAACAAAUCUUUUCGGAGAACAGAUAACGUUACAACAGAUUCGAGUUUGUUCAUGUGUAAAGUGGCGAUCGAUUCAAGUCAAACACACCUACUGAAUGAAUCUAAACGCUUGAUAUACUAGUUAGCAGAGUUAAUUAAUGGUCGGGUCACUGUCACUCCGCCCAUAGUUAAAAGGACCUCGUUAACUUUGACGCGCCAGGUUCAAGCGUGGUCACCCGUGAGCUCAUUUCAGGUGGUCUGAAAUGGCCUCUGUGAAUGCAGCACAGCAGCACUUGAACUUCUCCAGCAGUGGGGAGGAGGACAGCAGUGACAAUAGCUUUGAUGAAUGGGCACACAGAAGUAUUUCGAUCAGAAGCCCCUGUCAGACGCCCCGGAUACAGCGCCACCGCACCAGGAGCAUUACUGUUUCUCCUUCCAUCCCUACUUCUCCCAUACCAUAUGCUGCCUGGAAAAAACUCCGGCUUUGCGACUCGCCCAGUACACCAAAGAGUUUGCUGUCUAAGUCGACCCUCCCUUGCUCUAGCAGCAAGCCGUGUCGCAGUCAAAGAUUCCUUCGUCUGCCUAGUGCUUUUGACCAUGUGCCCUCAGUGAACGUUAACCCUUUCACACCAGAUACGGUGCGCAGGAACAGUGUACACCACAAGAGGAAGAGCCAAAGGAGUGAUGAAUAUGAGGAUGAUGCACAAAGAUCUAUGGACACUCACAACUCAUCAGAGGAUGAAAGUUUCUUCCUCCCCUCAAAGAGGCCAGCAGUGUCAUCCCGCAUGCUGUCACGUUACGAGAGUGAGUUUCUAGAGCUGGGCUGCAUCGGCGGGGGCGAGUUUGGUUCUGUGUAUCGCUGUGUGAAGAGGCUGGAUGGUUGCAUGUACGCCAUCAAGCGCUCGCGCAGGCCAAUCGCAGGCUCUGCCAAUGAACAGUUGGCCUUAAAGGAAGUGUAUGCCCAUGCGGUGUUGGGCCAUCACCCUCAUGUUGUCCGAUACUACUCUGCAUGGGCUGAAGAUGACCACAUGGUUAUACAAAAUGAAUACUGUGACGGUGGUAGCCUCCAUGAUGCUAUAACUGAAAAAGAGGAGCAAGGGGAGUAUUUCAGAGUUUCUGAGCUAAGGGAUCUGCUCCUACAGGUCUCCAUGGGGCUCAAAUACAUCCACAACUCAGGCCUAGUGCACCUCGACAUCAAACCCAGUAAUAUUUUCAUCUGCCGUCGACCAAGCUCGAGUGCUGGUGGAGAGGGAGAUAGUGAAGAAGAGGAUGAAAGCCCCUCCUCUGGGGUUGUAUAUAAAAUUGGUGACUUGGGUCAUGUAACAUCCAUCUCAAGCCCUCAGGUAGAGGAAGGGGAUAGCCGUUUCCUGGCCUAUGAGAUCCUGCGAGAGGACUACACGCAUCUUCCUAAAGCAGAUAUUUUUGCGCUGGGCCUGACGGUGUUAUUAGCUGCUGGAGCUCCGCCACUUCCUCAGAAUGGAGACACAUGGCAUAGCCUCAGACAGGGUGAGAUGCCCAGCCUGCCCCAGGAGUUACCAGCACCCUUUAAAGACCUUUUAAAGACCAUGUUAGAUCCUGAUCCUACUACAAGGCCAUCUGCAUCUGCGUUGUGUCGGCAUGAUGCACUGCACAAGGAGAGAGCUGGCAAACUGGCCGCACAGCUUCGCAAGGAGCUAAAUGUGGAGAAGUUCAGAACGGCUAUGCUGGAAAGAGAACUCAAGGAAGCCCGACUGGCUGCUACCUCACCCCAGCCGUCAUCACAACCAGGGUCUCUUCCGAGAACUGGGCGGAAGCUUGUGGGAAGAAAUGUAGCCCGGUCUAUGAGCUUUGGUUUUCCUGGAUACUAGCACUGAAUCACGUACUGUUUCAACAUGCCCACAAACUCUAUAUGUGGAAUGCAACAGUCAGACGCGUUUGCAUUACUCGGCAUGUCAUCGUAAAAUUCACUUCAGAUCUUGUUAUUGUCUUUGCCAGUUGACUCAAAGACGAACACUGCCACUGUGGUGCAUGAAUCGGCACAUAUUUAAGGUUUGCUGUUGAAUGGCAAAUUUAUCUUGUCAAAUAACCAUUUCAUUUUAAUUGUAAAUAAAGUUUUUAAAUGUU